AAGCCAAUCCAACUCACCUCUCUCUCUCUCUCUCAGACAUAAAAGAUGAGGAAUUUCGGUAACUUAUAGAGAUCAACCACAUUAGAUUCAUUCGGAUCCACAUCCAUAUCCAUUUUUCUCUCUCUAAUCAAGCUCAUUUUGAAAGGAAUCAUACGAGUUAGUUUCAUACUACCUGAGUUUAUUGUCUGAAUUUAAGGAUGAUCGCGAUUAUAACCUACGAGCAUGGAUUUUAUCUAGUUAUAAUGAUCACGAACAACGUCGUCUCUUACAUGCUUGAUCAGAGAUCUUGUUAGGGAGAUGUAGAGAGAUCUUGUAGUUGAAUGGAUGAGUAAUGGCGCUAGCAGAGGCGAGGGCGGCCUGGCAGAGAACUGCCAACAGGUGCUUGGUCCAAGAAGACGCGAAAAGAGCUCCCAAAUUGGCUUGCUGCUCGUCAGUGUCGCCUUCUGCUAAACACGCUGAAACGGAGCCAGCAAAUGCAGCUGGCGGCCAAGAUGUUCCCAGCUCCAACUCCUCCCCGUUUCAUCGUACUCCUUCGUAUUCUAAUUUAUCCCCCAACACAAAAUGGUGGCUGCAGACACGACCAAAUUACGGAUGUCAGAGGGGUUUGAAUGAUGACUGCCGGAUCCAUGAAAGCUCGGGAGACAUGGCGAGAAGCGAGGAGGAGUAUGAGCUCGUUGAUCAGUGCAAAAACCUUGUUACUUGUGAGAAGAAAGGCAUCGAAGUUGAAGAGGAGAAGUUAAGACCAAUCUAUCAUCAGAAUUGGCAAGAUCCUAUGAGGGUCGAAUUCGAAGAGGAUUUGGAAGAACUACGGGACAUGUUUAUUGUUAGCAGCGAAGGUUCCAAAAGUUCCGGUGACCUUUACUUUGAAUCGGAAUCAUCUUGGGUUAGGACUGAGAAGAAUAUUCCGUGGUGGCGGACUGCAGAUACCGAGGAGUUGGCAUUUUUAGUCGCACAGAAGUCGGUCGACCUUAUUGAGAAUUGUGACCUUCCCAGUCCUCAGAAUGUUAAUGCUAAGAAAACUCCGAGUUCGACUUUAACUUGUCCGAGUCACAGUGAAAUUUCCAGUUCUCUGCCACUUCGGAAGUCUGGAAUCGCGGGCUACCACUCUUAUGGUACUCACGGCUCUUCAACCGCGACAUCUGCAGGAAGUUAUUGCCGGAUGAUGAGUGAUGAACAAUUGUUAUCUUCUGCGAAAAUUCCACAAAGGGACAGCCCAACAACCCAUGAAAGGAACACGGUUGAUGAGGACGACGUAGCCAAGGCUCGACUACUGGAAGCACUACGCCAUUCUCAGACACGUGCCAGAGAAGCCGAGACAGUGGCAAGGCAGGCUUGCGCUGAGAAAGAGCACGUCGUGAAGCUCGUAUUCAGGCAGGCGCAGCAGCUCUUCGCCUAUAAACAGUGGCUCCAACUUCUGCAGCUGGAGAACAUGUAUUACCAACUCAAAAACAACAAGAUUCUGUCCGCGGCCACGGAAUCUCCGGCUGUAUCACCGUGGAGUUGGGCAGGUGCUAGAAGUAGGAAGAUGCAGAAAGGUUGGAUGAAGUCUUCGUGUAGAAAUCGGGGAAAGAGGAGCCGGCCCCGGCCCCGCCCUCGGCCUCGGUUCGAUGUUGGCAAGUACGCAAUCGUUUUCGCAUUAGGUUUGGGGCUUGUUGGUGCUGGAUUGCUGUUGGGAUGGACCAUAGGUUGGAUGCUACCAACAUGGUGAGAGCUUCUCAUUUCUGCAUUUAGGUUGAUUUUCUUGUGUAUAUAUAACUAGCCUUAUAUGUAAAUUUUUAGAAAAUUUCUUUUUCAGACAGUUGUUCAGCUUUGUGGAAGGAAACGUGAUUGUAUAUGUUGGUUGGAUGUGUAUUAGAAUUAUGAUUUGUAUUACGUACAUAAUUUGAGAGGCCAUAUAUAGAAUUACAUCAAUUUGUAUAAUAUUUUUAGGCUUUCGAUUUGCAAAAA